AAUUAGCGACUAAAUGACUACUUAAUUGUAUCUCUGUCUUAAAUUAACCGAGUUAACUUCCAUCUGACGAUUUCAGCCACUUUCUGCUUGUUGGGAUGUCUCACUUCUGAGCUCUGACCCUGUCCUUCUCCCUCUGCGACCUCUCUGGUUUGAUCCACUGGGUUUGAUUUCUGCCACGCCUUCUAGGUAAGAACUCACCGUCAGUUUAUCUUUUUCAAUCUCUUGAGCUGAAAAUGGCUUGAAUUCUCUUUCUUUUUCUGCUAAUGGUUGCUUACCCGGCAAUCUAGUGCUGGUUUUUAGCUUCUCGUAAUCUGCUUCUUUAUCCAAUUGUUUUUGUGGAUCUGGGUUUCUUGUUCUUUUGUGGGCUUUUUACUUUUUGAUAUCUGAAAGGUUGCGGUUGAGGCGUUGAACUUGAUUUCACUGGGUUCAACAGUCAGAUCUUGCUUUUUCGACUUUGCUUUCUCAAAAUCUAUCUUUUUGGGGUUCUGAUUUGGAUUUGGCUAAAGGGUUUCUCUAUUUUCCGCUUCAUAUAAAUCGUUAAUUCUGCUUCCAUUGUCAAAUUGGAGUCCAUACUGAGAAUGGGUAGGUGUUUUCCUGCUUUUCCUCUCCUUUUACUUUGUUUGGCUUCUGUAAUUCUUGUUGUCAUUGCCCAAAAUUAUUUGCCAACCGAUAAAAUCCUCCUAGAUUGUGGGGCAACUUCGGAUGUCACCGAUACCGAUGGUCAGAAAUGGACUGCCGAUAAAGGUUCUAAGUUCUUGGCGUCGUCUGUGAAUUCAUCCAUAGCCCCUGCUGCCACCCAAGACCCUGCAGUCCCUCAAGUCCCUUUCAUGACUGCUCGUGUUUUUCGCUCUAGUUUUACCUAUAGUUUCCCUUUGGCCGCUGGUCGCAAAUUCGUCCGUCUGUAUUUCUAUCCUGCUUCAUACGGUGGACUUAAUGCAUCUGAUGCUCUCUUUUCCGUCACAGCUGCGUCUUAUACCCUUCUUAAGAACUUCAGUGUUGCUCAAACAACGGAAGCUUUGAAUUAUGCCUUUAUUGUUAAGGAGUACUCGAUUAAUGUAGAUGGUGGAACGUUGAAUAUAACUUUCAGCCCGUCUUCAAAUUCUUUAAAGGCUUAUGCAUUUGUGAAUGGGAUUGAGAUAGUGUCCAUGCCUGAUAUUUAUGGUAGUACUGAUGGAACUCUAAUGAUAGUGGGUAAUACCUCUCCAUUUACUAUUGAUAAUAGUACUGCACUUGAGAAUGUUUAUCGGUUAAAUGUGGGUGGGAACGAUAUCUCGCCAUCAGGAGAUACCGGUAUGCUUAGGUCUUGGUCUGAUGACCAGCCAUAUCUUUAUGGAGCAGCGUUUGGUGUUCCAGAGUCUGCUGAUCCAAACAUGACGAUUGAAAGCCCUGUGCCUCCGUAUAUUGCACCACUUGAUGUCUAUUCUACCGCUAGAUCAAUGGGGCCAAGCGCUAACAUCAACGUGAAUUACAAUUUGACUUGGAUUUUUAGCGUCGACUCUGGUUUCAGUUAUUUGGUUAGGCUCCAUUUUUGUGAAGUUGCUUCAAAUAUAACCAAAAUUAAUCAGAGAGUAUUCAGCAUCUUCCUCAAUAAUCAAACUGCCGAGGAUCAGGCUGAUGUGGUUGCCUGGGCAAAUCAACACAAUGGAGUUCCAGUGCACAAGGAUUAUGUGGUGCUUGUUUCUGGUGGGAGCCCUCAGCAGAAUCUGUGGCUUGCACUUCAUCCAAAUACAGAUUCAGUUUUGAAGUCCAUGUUUUAUGAUGCAAUCUUAAAUGGAGUGGAGAUAUUCAAAAUUAGCAGUCCCGAUGGUAAUCUUGCUGGGCCCAAUCCAAUCCCUGCUCCUAAACAGGAAGUAAUUGACCCUUCAUUGGUGAGGCCAUCAUCAGGCUCUGGCCAUUCAAAGAACCAGAAAGCAAUUAUAGCUGGGGGUGUAGGCGGUGGAGUUAUUCUAGCCCUUGUCAUUGGUUGCUGUGUUAUUGCUGCUUCUCGUCGUCAUAGACUGGGGAAGGAGGCAAGUGCAAGUGAUGGGCCAUCUGGGUGGCUUCCUCUUUCUCUGUAUGGAAAUUCUCACUCUGCUGGUUCUGCCAAAACAAACACGACGGGAAGUUAUGCUUCCUCUUUACCUUCAAACCUUUGCCGCCACUUCUCAUUUGCUGACAUCAAGGCUGCAACCAACAAUUUUGAUGAGGCUUUGCUCCUUGGAGUGGGAGGUUUUGGCAAAGUCUACAAGGGGGAAAUUGAUGGUGGGACGACAAAAGUUGCAAUCAAGCGUGGCAAUCCACUUUCUGAGCAGGGUGUGCAUGAGUUCCAGACUGAAAUUGAAAUGCUCUCAAAACUUCGACACCGUCACCUUGUUUCAUUGAUUGGGUAUUGUGAGGAGAACUGUGAGAUGAUCCUUGUUUAUGAUUACAUGGCGCAUGGGACUCUGCGUGAGCAUCUAUACAAAACCCAAAAGCCUCCCUUGCCAUGGAAGCAAAGGCUUGAGAUAUGCAUUGGUGCAGCUCGUGGUUUACACUAUCUCCACACUGGUGCCAAACACACUAUUAUCCACAGAGAUGUCAAGACAACAAAUAUUCUUUUGGAUGAGAAAUGGGUUGCAAAGGUUUCUGAUUUUGGCUUGUCAAAAACAGGUCCUACACUGGAUAACACCCAUGUUAGCACUGUGGUGAAGGGUAGUUUCGGAUAUCUGGAUCCAGAGUAUUUUAGGCGGCAGCAACUAACUGAAAAAUCAGAUGUUUACUCUUUUGGAGUUGUGCUGUUUGAGAUCUUGUGUGCUCGACCAGCCUUGAACCCAACGCUGCCAAAGGAGCAAGUCAGCUUGGCAGAGUGGGCUGCUCAUUGCUACAAGAAAGGCAUUCUGGAUCAGAUUGUUGACCCCUAUCUGAAGGGGAAGAUUGCGCCUGAAUGCUUCAAAAAGUUUGCUGAGACUGCAAUGAAAUGUGUGGCUGAUCAGGGCAUUGACAGGCCAUCCAUGGGAGAUGUGCUAUGGAACCUAGAGUUUGCUUUGCAGCUACAAGAGAGUGCAGAGGAGAGUGGCAAAGGUAUCAGCGGAAUAGAUGAUGAGGAAACGCCAUUUAAUACUGCUUUUAAAGGGAAGAAAGAUCUUAAUGCUUCCCCUGGCUUUGAUGGUAACAUCACAGAUUCAAGGAGCAGCGGAAUGAGCAUGAGCAUAGGUGGCCGGAGCCUUGCAAGUGAAGACUCAGAUGGGUUGACGCCAAGCGCUGUGUUCUCGCAGAUCAUGAACCCGAAAGGUCGAUGAGAUCAAAAGGGACUGCAUUUGCUACUCUACCAAAAUCUGCAAUUUUCCAUCCCCUGUCAAUCAUCAAAGGAAUUUUCCAUCCACUGUCAAGGUUUUUUUUUUUUUUAAUGUUAUGGUAUGUUCUAAUCAUGUUAGUUAUAAUCUGUAUCUAAAAUUACUUGAAAGAGAGUAAAAAAUAAGGUGUUUGCACUUCGAUUCA